UCAGUCGUCUUCCUUCAUUCAAGUUCAUUCUUUCAAAGUCAAUGUAGAAAAUUAUGAUCAAUUUUUGGUUCACGAUUUUCAGUUUGUGUAUUUCAAGUCAUGUUUCGUAUUAUGUUAUAGAUCUAAAAUAAUUAUUAAUACGUUAAUUGCAUCCUGUCGAUAAACACUACGAUGUUUUCCUUUUAGGUUAGUUUAUGCACUUUCAUUUUGCAUUUGGUUAGAACAACUAACAUACGGCUGCUGUUGUUAUUGCGACUCAUUUGAUGAUUUUAAAGAGGCUAGUCAAUUUCCUGGCUAUCAAAAGAGUCUGGAACUCGUACGAUAUUGUUUAUACACUUAGUUAAUUCGCUGUGAGUGCAUAAAUCGUACGUUAAUAAUAUCGGGCGUGUAAUUUCCAAGUUUUUGUUUAUGUUUCGUAAUUCGUCGAAACUUUUUCAUAUCCAGAUUUUAAGUUGGGGAUGUGAUCAUGGAACGUUUUCCUCUGAAGUCAUCUGCUCCUAAAAUGGGUACUACCUAUCAGUCCGUCUACAAAAAGGGUGGCAGCGCGAGCAAUGGGCGGGGUGCUCACUCGGCGAGCGAGGAUGACAUGGUAGACAUCACGGCGGGCCUGAACCAGGCGGCCGGCGCCAGCGUCAACACUACGCCCACCAGCCACGGGACUUUCCAGCUUUACGAGCAUAGCGGCAGGAACUCCACCGCCAGUGCCAACUCCUACAUCGCUCAAUACUUCAGUUCGUCAGCCGGUAUGGACGCAGUAGAAUUAGAACAGGGGGACACGGAGCCCCUCGUCGCCGCCGAUGAUGUAGGGGACGCAGUUAUAUUUUCCGGAAUGUCUGGCGACGACGACAUCCCGGGAAUCGGCCAAUACGAUGACUUCCACACGAUCGACUGGCAGCGGGACAUCGCCCGCGACCGUAUGCGCCACCGAUACAUCGUCAAGAAACGACAGGACUCUCUAUGGGAUCUUAUAAAGGGAGCUCACGAUGCGUGGUCGGGCUGGGUGUGCGUGCUGCUGGUCGGUGUGUGCACUGGCAUUGUGGCCGGAGUCAUUGACAUCGGCGCCUCUUGGAUGACGGACCUCAAAUUCGGAAUCUGCCCUCAAGCUUUCUGGCUCAACCGCGAGCAGUGCUGCUGGUCAGAUACGGACACAACAUUUGAUACUGGCAAUUGUUCACAGUGGCUGACAUGGCCGCAAGUUCUGGGCGGCGCCCGCGAGGGUCCGGGAGCCUACAUUAUCAGCUACCUGUUCUACAUCGUGUGGGCGCUCGUAUUCGCCGCCCUCUCCGCGUCGCUCGUGCGGAUGUUCGCUCCAUACGCAUGCGGAUCAGGUAUACCUGAAAUCAAGACCAUAUUGAGCGGAUUCAUUAUACGAGGGUACCUUGGGAAAUGGACGCUCAUCAUCAAGGUCGUGGGUCUGAUCCUGUCGGUAUCGUCAGGACUCUCGCUUGGGAAGGAGGGACCGAUGGUACACAUUGCCAGCUGUCUCGGUAACAUCCUCUCGUACCUGUUCCCCAAGUAUGGGCGUAACGAAGCUAAGAAGCGUGAGAUAUUGUCAGCGGCCGCGGCUGCUGGUGUGUCCGUGGCUUUUGGCGCGCCCAUCGGUGGAGUGUUGUUCAGUUUGGAAGAGGUAUCAUACUACUUCCCCCUGAAGACGCUGUGGCGCUCGUUCUUCUGCGCACUGAUCGCCGCCUUCAUCUUGCGCUCCAUCAAUCCCUUCGGUAACGAGCACUCGGUGCUGUUCUUCGUGGAGUACAACAAGCCCUGGAUAUUCUUCGAGCUCAUACCAUUUGUCGGCCUCGGUAUUAUUGGGGGUUGCAUAGCUACGAUCUUCAUAAAGGCGAACAUCUACUGGUGCCGCUACCGCAAGUACUCGAAGCUGGGCCAGUACCCGGUGACGGAGGUGCUGGUGGUGACCCUGGUGACGGCCGUCAUCGCUUAUCCGAACCCCUACACGCGCAUGAACACCAGCGAGCUGAUCUACCUGCUGUUCAACCAGUGCGGCAUCUCCAACUCUGAUCCCGUCUGUGAUUACAACCGUAACUUCACGGACGUGAACUCUGCCAUCGAGAAGGCGGCGGCUGGCCCGGGCGUGUACCGCGCCAUCUGGCUGCUGGUGCUGGCGCUCGUGCUCAAGCUGGUCAUGACCAUCUUCACGUUCGGUAUCAAGGUGCCCUGCGGACUCUUCAUACCCAGUCUCGCGCUUGGAGCCAUCGCUGGCAGAAUUGUGGGCAUUGGUGUGGAACAACUGGCCUACAACUAUCCGAAGAUCUGGCUGUUCUCGGGCGAGUGUUCGACGGGCGACGACUGCAUCACGCCGGGACUGUAUGCUAUGGUCGGUGCCGCCGCCGUGCUGGGCGGGGUCACUAGGAUGACCGUGUCUCUGGUGGUGAUAAUGUUCGAGCUGACGGGCGGCGUGCGGUACAUCGUCCCUCUGAUGGCGGCCGCCAUGGCCUCCAAGUGGGUGGGCGACGCGCUCGGCCGGCAGGGCAUCUACGACGCGCACAUCGCGCUCAACGGGUACCCGUUCCUCGACAGCAAGGAUGAGUUCCAGCACACCUCGCUUGCCGCUGAUGUCAUGCAGCCCAAACGAAACGAAACGCUGGCGGUGAUCACGCAGGACUCGAUGACGGUAGAUGACGUGGAGACACUGCUGAAAGAGACGGAACACAACGGAUACCCGGUCGUGGUCUCCAAGGAGUCUCAGUACCUGGUCGGCUUCGUGCUGCGCCGGGACCUUAACCUGGCCAUAGCUAACGCUCGUCGCACGAUGGAGGGCAUCACGGGACAGACCGUGGUGAUAUUCGCGGGUACGACGCACCAGCAGCUGGCGCCGCCGCCCUGCCUUAUGCUGAACCGCAUCCUCGACAUGGCGCCCAUCACCGUCACGGACCAGACGCCCAUGGAGACUGUCGUCGAUAUGUUUCGCAAGCUCGGUCUGCGACAGACACUCGUCACGCACAAUGGGCGGCUGCUGGGCGUGAUCACCAAGAAGGACGUGCUGCGGCACGUGAAGCAGAUGGACAACGAGGACCCCAGCUCCGUGCUGUUCAACUGAGCCCGGCCGCGGCGGAGGUACGCCGGGCGGCGCAGACGACCUUAGCCUGCACGCAGAAACACCUACCCCCCAUAUACAUUCAACUGUGUUUAAGUGAUUCACAACGACUGUCUAACUGUUUGCUGGCACGCGGCUGCGUCAAGCGACUUUAUGUCAAACGACAUGUAUCGACGUGCACCUCAUUUUGUGUCUAUAUUAUUAGAAUAAUGCAACGCGUGCUGUAAUUGUCUCUAAUCACGAUCACGAGUGGGACGCGUCAUUUCGUAUAUAAGAUAUUUAUUUCCUCAUAUAAAUAAUGAACCAUACCUAUUUAGUAGUUGUAACAGGAUAACAGUGUCGCUAAACUGGUUAUUCGUCUGUAUAUUGAACUUGUCAGGUGUUCAGUGCCGCCCGAGGCCUUGGUUUGCAUCAAGCAUGUAUAUUGCGAAUGUUCUAUCCACAUUUUGUUUUAGUACAUAAUCCUAUAGCUUGACUAUUUGAUGAUGCAACAGAUUAUUUACAAUAAAUGUUUAUUUUUUGACAAAAAUAAUUUUAGUUUUUUAUAUAAAAUGUCACUAAGUUGUCUUUUCACUCACAUGCCAAUUUAACUUAGUGGCAUUAUCUAUGUUUAUGUUAAGUACCUUAUUAGCAAAACAUUAUUAAUCAAUUCUACUUUAAUUUUAUAGAAUUUAUUUUAUAUGAAUCAUGAUAAUGAAGUAUUUUAACCAUAAGCUAUGCGUAUUUGUUAUAUGAGUAAUGAACAAACAUGUUAGGUAAUACAAUGUAAUAAUUUAUUUUCUUGUUUUCUUAUAAUUUGAUAUUUUACGCAAUGUUCUAUGUAAAUAAUGUUUUGUAUACAAAGCAUAAUGUUUUAUCAACAUCUCAUUUUAAGUAGAGUUUUAGUUUCGGAUGUAUUGUGUUUUCGCAUGAUUAUGUAUAUUGUAUUGAGAUUGCCUAUUUCGCACUUGACAACGAGAAUAGAAGGUAGACUGAAGGUGUCGACUGUCGAGCAGUGCCAGCACUGAGCACUGGGCAGAGCGACGCCUGAUCUGUGCGCAUCGAGCAACACCCGCGCGUGUUGUCUGUCGGCGCCCGCGAUAACAUCUUGAUGUAUAUAUUGUAAAUACGAUCUUAAGUGAAUAUUAUAUUCUGCAACUAUUUAUUAAAUCAGCCACAUAUGCGCCCGUCUCUGUAUCACCAACGCUAUAUUAAAUAUAAUGUAUAUGUUGCACAUAACGUGUAUUGAGUAUUACUCGGUAGUAAAAAUAGUAAAUUAUAUUUGUAUAGUUUCACUUAAAUAGGGAUCAUGACGGUAACUUUGAACGCCUUUACAAUUCGAUUUAGACAUUGGUACAGGGAUGCAAUCUAUUUUAGAAAAUAAUGUGGACUUGUAUGCAACUGAUGUUAUAUAGUUCGAUGGAUACGAUUAAUGACGAAAUACUAUAUAGAAACAGCAACAAGCGCAGAGUUCGGUGCGCACCCCGCCGCCGCCGGCGCCGCCCCGCGGGCAGACUGUGUGCGGGGGAGCUCCAUAGAGGUCCUAUGUUUAAAAAAUGUACUGUUUAUAUGUGAUCUUUUAUACGAAAGGACUGAAAAUUUAAACAUUGUAAACAUAUAUUUGUAAAUAUCGCAUAAUUAACUAUACAUUGCGCCUAGCCAUUCGGCGCGCGCACCUUUUUAUAAUACAUUAUACAACUACGUCUUUAUUACACUUGUUAUAUUGGUGUGCAAUAUUGAACCCACAUUUAGUUCGCACAUUGGCUCUAGCUUAUAAAGAUUUCCUUAUAUAAAGGUAUCCAAGGUUUAUAAUCUGAUUGUAAGUGUUAUGCUCGAGUACCACAGAAAGUAAUGACGCACGGGUGAUAUCGUCGAUCUAUAUUAUUAUAUAAAUUAAGGCAUGUCAAUAUAUUGUUAUUUACUGUAUAUUAUUGUAUAUCUCAAAAGAUCACUUAUGAUCAUAAAAUAAAAUCAAAUCGAAACAAGAAAACUAAUUUAGAUGUAUAUCCAUAGGCGAAGAGUAUCCCCCAAUUCCGUCAAUGUUAUCCACUAUAAUCGUUGUUGUUCCUACAUGAUUAAAAUCUGGAUGUAUUUAAUUGUAGUUGUUAAAUUGUAAGCGUAACGUGGACAUCGUGACGAUGCUGACGGUCAUGUGGAGGUCAGUAGCGCUACAAGUAUGGAACUGUCAGAAUCGUUCUAAUACUUUAAGUUCACAGCUUGUUAUCUAUGUGCAUGAACACUGAGGUUGAAACAAAAUAAAAAAAGGAUUUCCAUAAAUUGGAAAGGGAGUAAAUGCAAUUCUGUGAACUAGAGGUAUUAGUGGUGUGUAAACCGUAACCUUACUCUUAUUACUAUGAUAUUUACUGAUACAUAUAUAAAAGUUAUUAUUGAAUAAAAUAGCGACGUGGUUUUCCCAAGCGUUUGUGUACAUCGUAUUUCAGUUUAGGAAAUUAUUAUAGAAAUAAAGAUUUUAAAAGUA